AUGGCGGGCUUUUGCCCCCAGAACAAGGACCCAGGCUUCGGAGAAUUUGUGGGACAGGUAGAUGCGGUUCUACCCAGCGGCUGUUGUUUUGUGAAGUGCCAGGAGGUGAAGGACCUCUAUGACGUGGAUGCCUACGUUCACAGCAGCGUCGUUCAGCAAUGCUCCCUUCAACCUGGGGAAGAGAUUUGCUUCAACGUUCAUGUGAGCAGCGCUGGCAGACCACAGGUGUCAGCCCCAUGCUGGAAGAGAAGACAGGGCUUGAAGCGGCCUCUGACAGGGCAGGCUGGUGGAUUUGGCGGUAUCCAAGGCGCCAAUGGCGGGAAAAGCGUUGCGAAGGGACAAAGCGGUGCCUGGCAACGUCCAGGUGGUGAAGUGGUGAAGCAUUGCGUUACGACAUGUUACGACUCAACAUGCUUAUUGGUGCUCAACAUGGACAAUGAGCUGGAUGAACAGCUGGAUGAACAGCUGGAUGAGUCCUCGGCUCCGUUAUCUCCGGUGGACGGAGCCCUUGCAGCCGCAGGUGUCACGCCUGAGGAGCUCGCUUUGUGCAUCUCCGUGCUGUCGCGUCUGCAGGAGGCAGAAGAAACGGGGACGUUGGACCGCAACGCAGCCUGUUUGAGACCGCUGCGGAAGGCUUUGUCUCUCCACCUGCGGCAGAACUUCAGCCACCUGCCACAGAAAGAUGUCAUUGAUGACAAAGAGCGGAAGAGGUUGGAGAAGGAACGAAAGAGGGAACGAAGACAACGACAACUGGAAGCGGACAAACGGUGGAAGGAGAACGCGCAGCUUCGCGCUUCGCGACUUGCAAAACUUGAAGCCUUGGAAGGCUCAGCCGCUGAUUCGAUGCUGGCAGAUGGAGCUGAAGUCAGCCAGGCUCUGCAGGGGUCUCAACAGUCUCAACGGAUCCCAGAUGGACCUGCAGAUGUAGAGUAUCCAACGGUGCCAGAACUGAAAGAAGCCGAGGAAUCUGUGGAAUACCAGCGACAGCAGGCGUGUUACAUUUGUAAAGUUCGUUUCUCUGAAAGACAUCACUUCUAUUCCCAUCUGUGCCCAGCCUGCGCGGCCUUGAAUUUUGAAAAGCGAAAUCAAACCAGAGACAUGACAGGCCGUGUUUGUUUGGUGACUGGAGCACGGGUAAAGAUUGGGUUCCAAGUUGCAUUGAAAUUCCUGCGUAUGGGUGCACGAGUUCUGGUGACGAGUCGCUUUCCACGCGAUGCCCUUGGUCGCUAUGCGACUGAGACGGAUGCCGCUGAGUGGAUGGAUCGACUUCGAAUCAUCGGUGCAGAUUUUCGUUUCCUGGGUGGUGUUGAAGCCAUGUGCCACGAAUUGUGUCAGAAAGAGCCCUAUUUGGAUGUUAUUGUGAACAACGCGUGCCAAACCAUUCGCCGGCCAGCUGCAUACUAUGCGCAUUUGUUGGAGGGUGAAGCAGGGGCAGCGACCAAAGCAGUGACGGACUCAACAGCUCAAACGGCUCGAGCAGCUCAAGCCCUAGAUUUUUCUGGUGAUUCUGGUGGCUAUGCCGUGGAUCAAAGCAGCGCGGCUUUGUCACAGCUCGCCGUGUUGAGCGAGGACCGUAUGAGAGCAGAAGAAGUUGCCAUGGCCCUGCCCUCGGGGCAGCGUGAUGUGCAUGGGCAGCAGCUGGACCUUCGCAGCAGCAACAGCUGGUUGCUGAAGUUGGGAGAAAUUCAAAGCCCUGAGGCAGCAGAGGUUUUCUGCAUCAAUACCCUGGCUCCGUUCAUCAUCAACAGCACCUUGAGACCUUUGCUGGAAAGAUCCCCCAACCCAGAUAGAUACAUCGUGAAUGUCUCUGCCAUGGAGGGCAAGUUCUACCGAUACAAGCAGCCCACCCACCCACAUACGAACAUGGCCAAGGCCGCUCUCAGCAUGAUGACGCGCACAUGCGCGGAGGAUCUCGCAAUGAACAGCGGAGUCUAUAUGAAUAGUGUGGACACCGGCUGGAUCAACGAUGAGAAUCCGCUGCCCACAGCCCAACGAAUUGCUGAGAGCCACAACUUCCAGACACCCAUCGAUGAAAUCGAUGCAGCUGCUCGCAUUGUGGAUCCUGUGUUGGUUGGAAUGGGAUCCACGGGGUCCACGGUGGGUCGACCCAAAAAGCGCGGAGCCAUGGCGGGGGGGUUGACAGAUGGCUCUGAGGGUCCACCUUGGGGUUGGUUCCUGAAGGAUUACAUGCAGAGUGAGCCUUGUCUGAUUCCUGAUGAUCUCGAAGCGAGACAGCUCGAGACAGCUAGGCCGCUAGGCGUGUUGAAGCAAAAGAAGAGCUUGCAAACCAGCUGGCCGACAGGAUUCCAUGCCCGGCGUUUAGUGGAGAGCCUGAAUCCCUCAGGCCAGGGCAAGGGCAUGGGCAAUGGAAAUGCCGCCGUCCAAGCUAUGCAAAUGGCGGAGCCAGAUCAAGGCUUCCCGGUUGACGAUGCCGCCCAGUUCCUGAUCGGCACCAUAAAGAUUACCAAUUUCGAUCCCACUUCCCGCCCAGCAAAGGACUUCAGCUUGAUCGCAUGUCCAGAGACAGGGCUUCCGCAAGAUGUGUAUGUGCGUGGAGCAGUGGCAACCUCUCAGGCCUUUGCAGUUGGUGACAUGGUAGCUUUUGCCUAUCAUAUGACUGAAAAAGGCCCACAGGCAACUGCUGUUUUCAAGCUGGUGGGAUUUUUGCAAGCAGGAAGGGAGGUCCAAUUCCCCCCGUAUCAGGGCCUCAUCCACAGAGUUCUGCCGAAUGGAAACGGCUUCAUCAAGUGCGAUGCGAUCACGGCUGAAUACGGCCCCGCACUUGUUGGAGAACGGUGGAGAAAGUAUGAUUGCAGGUGA